AUGCGUCUUCUACUUCUCUUCUGCGUUUUCGCCGCCGCCGUUUUCUCAUUCGCCUUCAAAGACCGCGCGAUUGUACCCGGAAAAAGUUUCGGAACACCACCGGGUUUCGAUAAACUCUUUGGGGCUCGCAAUGAUGUCAAAUCGGGAUUGGAAAGAAAAAGCAAUGCCAGAACCACCAAGGGCGUCUGGAUCGAAAUGACGCCGGUGACGAGGACGGAGGCAACGACGAGAUUCGAAUGGACGACACGAAGCAGCGGCACCCGUAAUCCAUUCGGCUAUCGAUCCGGAUAUCUCUAUUAA